CAUUUGCUUUAGUUUUGUCAAAACUGAAAACAGUGCUUGACGUUGUGCGCUUGAUUUAUUUUUACUUAUUGAAAAACAUUUGUUAUUAAAGAACCUUUGAGGUGUUUUACAAUAGGUACUGUUUAAUUAGCUACAUGUCAAUAUGAGUGGCGUUCCCGACAACGCUCCGCAACACUGUCCUGGGACACAAAGUGACGAUGCUGGGAAGGCGUCUGCAUGCGCUGGAUGCCCUAACCAGAACAUAUGCGCGUCAGGUGCUGCCUCUGGACCUGACCCAGCGAUACAGAUAAUUAAGGAGCGUCUGUCAAAUGUGAAGCAUAAAAUAUUAAUCCUCUCUGGCAAGGGUGGAGUAGGCAAGAGUACUGUCACCUCUCUACUUGGACAUGCUUUAGCUUCAAGGAAUGCCGAUGUUAAUGUGGGUAUAUUGGACGCAGACAUCUGUGGGCCCAGCCAGCCUCGCGUGCUAGGAGUGCGCGGCGAACAGGUUCACAACUCCGGCUCUGGAUGGUCGCCUGUUUACGUCACAGACAAUUUGUCUUUGAUGUCAAUCGGCUUUCUACUGGGAAGCCCAGAUGAUGCAGUCAUAUGGAGAGGACCCAAGAAAAAUGGUAUGAUCAAGCAAUUCCUAAGUGAAGUAGACUGGGGAGAAUUGGAUUACUUGCUAAUAGACACACCUCCAGGCACAUCAGACGAGCACCUCUCAGCAGUGCAAUACCUGACAUCGGCCGGCCUGGACGGUGCGCUGGUAGUGACGACGCCGCAGGAGGUGGCUCUGCUAGAUGUCAGGAAGGAACUACAGUUCUGCACCAAACUCGGCGUCCCUGUGUUAGGGGUGCUUGAGAAUAUGUCGCUGUUUAUCUGCCCUAACUGCAAGACCCGUAGUGAGAUAUUCCCAGCGACGACGGGUGGAGCUGCUCAAAUGUGCUCAGAGCUAGGCGUGCCGCUCCUGGGUAGUUUGCCCUUAGAUCCCAUACUGGCGCGGUGCUGCGAUGACGGGCGAGACUUCCUACAAGAGCUACCCAAUUCCCCUGCCGUUAUAGCUCUACGCAGCAUUGUAGAUAAAAUCGUUGCCACUUGUGAAAAUACCUCGAGUUGAUCCUCUGAUAUAAUCUAGUGAAGCCUUAUCAAAUAAAAAUAUCAUGCCGUUAUUUAUAAAUGACCUAGUCAAUUCAUAUUUUACAAGGUCAUUGUUAAAAUAAUAUUGUAUAAAUGUAAAUGUCUGACAGUACUUACUAUUUAUAAGUGGUGCAGUUGACACGUUAUUUUUAAUUAUUUUUUGUGAGAAAUAUAUUAGUUACAUAAAA